AUGCAUUCUGAGAAUGUUUUUUUUCCACAGUCAUGUAGUCACAUCUCCUAUACGUUUACAACUAGAGGAGAACUCCGAGUGGUGAUGGCCUCAGGGAAUCGUCUGCUUGUCUUCCGAGAAGGGGCACUCUGUGGGUCCGGUCCUCUCUUUAAUGUGGGAGAUAAUGAACAUGGGGAAAAGACACAUGGCUCUAGUAGUAAUAGUAUCCUACGUCAAAUUCGUUUGUGCCAAUUAAGUGAUGAUAUUCGAAUAGUUGUUCUCUUGACAUCUGGUGUAACUAUAGUAGACAUGGGUCAUGAUGAUAUGCAAAUGCAUUAUAGAAAAGUACAUGUAAACACACCUGUGUGUAGUUCUAUGAUGCAUCGCAUGGAUACUACAGCAUCUGAUGUCUCUAAUGUAGUUUCAUCACCAUGGCUGUCAAGAUUAGGUUCAGUAUCAAAGGAAAAUGAAAAGAAUAAAAUACGAGAGGCGGUUGAUGCGGAGUUCAUUGCUUUCUCAUCACUUGCUAUUCUCUUUAGUGAUGAGGCUGUGGUGAUUGAGCUUAAUCCACAUAGUCAUGUAGUAAAGUGGCGUAUCUGGGGAUCAUACAGUACAUUAGCUGUAUGCCGAACAAACAUGCAUCUCGCCUUUGCUCUUCACUCCUCCGCUGUGGAGGUAUUCCCAUUAAAGGUAAAACCAUGUCAUCAAGAACGGCAUAUAUUACGAUCCUCUGACUCCGCAUCACUUAAUGAACCAAGUGUUUUAUUUUCACCAACACAAGGACAACCUUCUCUCACUUUUAAUUCCCCCAUAAAGGAUGAGUUUGCAUGGCGUGGGGUUUCAGCAAAAUUAGGUGUUUAUAAAGUUCUGGCAAUUGAAUGGCAUCGUGUUGCUAGUCAUACCAUUCUCUGUGUUACUUGUCAACAUCCACAGGAUGGACGACUGUCUGUUGCCCUAUUUACUCUUCAAUCAAUGCCGGUGGUAUGGCCACCACAGGGAAGGAAAGAUAACCAUACAAAUCUAAUGCCAUGUCGACAGGAUAGUGAUCCUUCACUACAAUUAUUACCUGCCGGAACUGUAUCGCUUAAUACUUUUUCAUCUUCACCAAUUGCUACUAAAGUAGUUCCAAAUCUUUCUCGUUCUCGUGAUAUCACAUCCUUAAGUAAUAAACUAGAAUUUCUUUCUCUUGAUAAAGAUGGUACUAUUCGUACUACAAGUUAUCGUUUUGGGCAACAGAAACAAGGAGGAUUUCCUAAACAACGAACGGCUGGACUUGUAGCUUCACAAAUUUUAUUUCCAUUACAGAAAGAUUAUGGUAAUAUUGUUCGUAUGGAUGUUUUACCUAUAUGGAAAUCAAGAGCAGUUGAAUUUGGUACUUUUACACCUCAGGCGGAACAACUACUAGGUGCCCGUCGAUACCGCUUAUUAACACAUUUCGCAAAUGGUAUGAUAGCAAAAGUUAUGGUUGACCUUCUAACUGGAAAGGUAGAUGUGGAAUCAUUUCUAACACUUGGUGUAGAUAAACUACCACCACGUCUUUCCACUUUUUGGGGUAUGGAAAAAGAAAUUUUUGUUUUAGGAUUCUCACAGGAACGUGUUUUUGUGCUUGAGCGAGUUCUAAGAAACUCUGGAGUUGCGGAAACCACUUUGCUCUUGAUGGCGAAGAUUCCUCCAGAGAAUGUUCAUCUCUUGCAGAAUCUGAAAGAGGAAUGUGUUAGUGAAACUUGUAUGAGUAAAGAAGAAACAAAUAAGAGUCCAGAAGAAGAAGUCCAUCACUUUAUGGAUAUAAAAUGUCCUGAAAAAGUGCGUAUGAUUCCAUUAUUAAUGAAAGCGUGUAAUAAUGAUGCGGAAAAACUUCUGAAACAGCUAAUUGCGAAAUAUGGCCCACUCGAAGAAGUAUCUGAUGUUAAUAAUAGUAGUGAAAGUGUUAAUAUUUCUUUUAAUGAGAGAAAUGUGCAAGAAAAUGUCUCUUCAUUGACUUUGUGGGAAGCGGGUCUUACGGUACCACAAGUGCGUUUUACUACGGAGGGAAUUUGCUUUUCCACAUUACUUUCAGUGUUUAGUAAGGAAGAAUGGUGGUGUGUUCCUAAUGCCACUCUUGAGAGUUUUACCGCCGCCGAAGAUGAACUUCUUUUUCCCUGUGCGAGUUCUCCUGCAACAGCACCGGUGCGGUUGAUAACCACCGCGCCUGACGUACAGAAGAAGAAUAGCAAUAAUAAUAAUAAUAAUAAUAAUAAUAAUAAUAAUAAUAAUAAUAAUAAUAAUAAUUACUGCUGCAGCUGCUCAUAUCCAAAUGGAAAUGAGGUUUCCUGCGAAUGGGAUAAAAACACUGGCAGCAUUACUGUUCGGGCACCGAUGUUGCCUAAUGAUCCACCCUUUUCUCUGCGACCUUUUGAAGCUUUUCCCAAAUAUCGUGUUUUACAACUUAGAGCGGUGCGACUUGUGAGUAGUGAUAUUGUAGUUGGUGUAUUGGGAUUAACAGGGGAUGCUGAAGUCAAGACGGUUCUUUUUCUAUAUGGAUUAAGUCUGCUUACAGAUAUCACUCAACCACCUGUAUUUGUAUUGGAGUUGGAGGUUUAUGAUGUGAUAUCGUUUGUUUUAUCUUGUAAUGGUGAUGUUUAUUUGCUGCGACGCCAUCAAAAAUCCAUUGAGUGGAGAAAUCGUAUCGCCAAGCAUGGAGAAAAAAGUGGAUAUGAGUGGAAAGAAAAUUCUCCACGUGAGGACAUGUCUUGGUGUGAGGGAAUUACUGCAAUGACUCCGAUAUGGACAGAAAAUAUCACUUGUAUUAAUUGUGGUAAUAAUAAUAAUAAUAAUAAUAAUAAUAAUAAUAAUAAUAAUAAUAAUAAUAUUAAUAGUGGUAGUAGUGGUGUUAGUAUAAACAGCUAUGAGGAUAAUAGGUGCAAUAUUGAUGCAGAAGUAGAAUUAGCACAGAUGUUGUUUAUUUCCUCUGAUGAAGUUUUCAUUCACACAUCCAAUAUCCUUACACCUCUUUUACAGCAGGUUUCCCCAUUAUUCAAAGGGAGAAAUGACAAUGGAUCGGUAAAUUUGGAGUUAUAUCACCCUUCGACUGUGUUGCUGCUUUUCAUAAUGGGGAAACCACGGAUACUUGGCUCCAUAUUGGAAUCUGUAUUGGAGUUUGCUAAAAAAACAACAACAUUAUCUUCUGUUGAAGGAGAUGCCUCUAUCCCUGUUGAGAUGGAACCAUACAUGGUAGCAAGAGAGUUAUGUUGUAAUCCAGUGAGUAUUCAUCUCUGUGAACGACCUUCUGUUGCAUUAGAGGAAAUGAAUCUCGCUGCUGCGAUGGCUAGAUUUAAUAAUCCAUUCACCCCUGAAUCACUACAACAACAACAAAUUCUCCUUCAGGAUGAAGGGAGUGAUGAUGCAACUCUGUUUGGAUCUUUUAUUUCAUUAGAAGUACUGGAUCAAGUCCUGGAGCUUCUUCCAUCUACACAACUCCCUGGAUUGAACAGUCAGGAUCAAUUAGAACUUCUCUGUGUGUUGGACGCCAUGCGUAUGGCCAAGUCCUCUAAUGCUAGCAUGGAUACCGCAGCAUCUCGUUUCCUCUUUACACACAAACUUCAACAACUUCGGCUUCGUCUUCGACUGAGUGAAACAUCAGGACAUGAUAUUUCCUCCAAUUAUGCUGCAUUUAUUUGGGCAACCCUCUCCGAUGCCCAACCGCAAUUACUGCAAACACUUCUCGAGGCGCAUGGUGAUAAGGGCGCUGUGCCUUGGAUGGAAUUAGAGACGGCUAGGGUGCCGUUGUGGCUUCACUCACUGCAGAGUUUACGUCUGCUCGCAGAGCGAGUGGCGCGGGGUCAAUAUCAAGUAACGAAGGAUGUACGGGCAUGUGCACUUAUGUACUGUAUUGCUGGGAAGGUUGGAGUCCUAGCGGCACUGUGUAAAGCGGAGCAAAACACAAAACUACAUGCUUUUUUCUCACGCAAUUUUAGUGAAGAAAAAAAUAAAUCAGCCGCCUCUACCAAUGCUUUUGCUGCAGUAAGUAAGAAUCAGGUACUAUACGGUGCAGCUUUCUUUGUAUUAGCCGGUGAUGCUCGAAGUGCUGCUCAAAUUAUUCUACAACGUCAUGGUAGUGUCAUUCUCGCACUCUUUGUUCUUCGUUUGGCUUCUAAUGAUAAUAAGGAUGAUCUGCUUUGGUUUAUUGAACAACGACACCGUGAGGGAGAACAAUGUGGUUCUAUGAACGUGUGGGAAGAAGCAGCUCUUCGCUGGCGUUGUGGUUGUGUACGAGAGGCCAUGUUACUUCUACUUUCAUCAUCCUCAUCAUUAUCAUCAUCUUUAUCAUCAUUAUCAUCACAACAACUACCGCAGGGUACUGUGGAUGUGGCAAAUAGAUUGUCUCUUCUGCGGUAUGCACGACGGCGUGGACGUGGAGAAGAAUUUUCACCGCUGCGUGAAUUACUCCUGUUAGUACAAAUGACACGUCUAUCACGUGCGGAAAGAAUGUGGUUGCCAGUAAUGAUGUGCUCUCGAGAGGCGGAAACAUUACGUGCACAUCUGCAACGUACAGAAGGGGGAAAUAAACAAAUGAUAGGAGUGGCGAAAGCGAACACAACUCGUAUGGAGGCGGAUUUUAACACAGGAACCUUAACGUUCCAUGGGUUUGACUCGGAUGAUGAUGAUAAUGAUAAUAGUAAUAAUAAUACGAAUAAUAAUGAUCGUGAUAGGAGUAACAAUAACAGUAAUGGGAGAAGAGGAGGGGGACCUGUAGUAGAGGAAUCAUUAACAUCAUCUGCAUUAUCAAAGCGUAUCCCUGAGGAAAAUAAAAUGGAUUCUCUAGAUCCUACCACAGCUGUAGCGAUAGAACUAGAACUACAGUAUACUCAACACCAAACACAGAAAAUGAUACUAAGUGAUAUUUCAGCAAAUGGUAGAGAUGUUUAUUCCAAGAAGGGAAACAAUAAAAGUAUAUAUGAAAUUGUGGUGUGUUUGUCACGAAUGACAGUUGCUGUUGGCAGACGUGCCCCACUGAGUGUCAUUGAAGAUCAUCUCGCUCGUUUAUUUGCAGCCACAGUACAAUAUCAAAAUUACAAUGUUCAUCAUAAACAAGGAAAAGAAGAAAAAAAAGAAAGAGAAGAAGAACAAGAACAAAAGGAUAGUCAAACGGAUCCCACAAUGGAUGAGUUGUUAGGCGUGACGUCACGUCUCGCUAUUAUAGCUACGCGUUUGACAUUAACGUCAGUUAUGCUUAGUAAUGCUGAUUAUGCUCUCGCUAAUGCAUUGUUGGGAUAUUCAUCCAUUACUGAUGUUCUUCGUGAGCAGAAGGCAGACACUGCGACCGUAGACUCUGUAAUUUCAUAUCUUCGUGCAGUACGCACUGUGCAGAGUCGGGUUCAAUCCAUGACAGUAGAGCGAUUACAGCAAGAGGAGGAUGAGGAUCAUUACAACAGAGAUGUGGAUAAUAUUCUUAAUGUUGAGGAUAGAGAAAAAGAUGGGAUGCAUGUACCUAUGUACUCUACAUUAUUUCUCGAUCGUAAUAAUAACGGUGGUGUUCAAUUGCGGCCUGAACUCCAUGAGAAACAUCUCCGUACGUUACUCCUCACUUGGUGUGCAGCCUUUCUACAACUAUGCUCAUUAAGUGAGUUGCGAGAGGAGGUCAAUCGCCUACGAUCCACACUGACGAAAAUUAAACACGUCCCACCAUAUACACAUUUGUUGUUAUGGUUACUUAGUGAUUUACUCUGUCGUGUUACUUUGGGAUUUAAUGCGGCAUCCGAACAGUUAAUUCAAUGUGUGACAUCUGUACAGUAUCUGGAUGAUAGUCUUCUCACAAAUCCUAAUGGUAUAUUUAUUGAAGAAGAACUGCAACUACGACGCAUCGCAGAACUACUAGAACGCAAUCUUCUUGUCGGUGCCAGUGGAGUUGUAUUAGAUAUGCCACCACAGACAAGUACCAUAUCACUGGAUCUCUGUAUAGCCCACGCUGAGUUUUUCUGGCAACUCCCACAGACGACUGUGAAGAUCUCUGCAGACACAGAUGCCACCGUGAUGCUACUGCGAGAGGCAACAAAUCCACACACUACGGCGCAUAUUCUCUACGGUCAAUUAGGCGAUGGGGCAGUGAUAACCCUGCGACACAUGGAAACGGCAUGGUUGCGGCGUCAUCACACCCAUUCCAGUUAUCGUGAGAUGUUAUUAGAUUUGGCUUUACGUGAGGAUUGGCUACAACUCACCACUACAGAUCGACUGGUAUUACAGCAGGCCUCACACUCUGUUUACUCUGUAGAUUAUGAUCGUUCGAGUUGCGAUACGUUGGUGUGGGGCACAGGCGCAGGGACGGCAGUGGGUCAUGGUUAUCGCGAGAUAUUAGCCGGAGAUAAUGAGGCAGCUAUACUGCGAGAACAGCCAGAUCGAAAUAUGGCAACUGCGGCCUUCUCCACAUCUUUAAAUACAGAAACAGAUAGUAUUGAGGAAACAACGGCAGCUCUUCAUGCAGCAAUAGAAAGAGCAAAAGCAAAAUCAACCACCACCACCACCACCACAACAACAACAACGGGCCUUACAAGUACUGUUGGGGAGACUCGUCAAUCACUACAACAAUACUUACAACGUCGGCCACGUUUUUCAAUGGCUGCUAACGCACAAAUUGCGUCACAUCCUCAUCUUCCGUUUUUUCUCGCUAGUAAUAAGGAUGGACAUGUAGAUUUAUAUUCUUUUACUUCUACAGAGUGUGUGGCAACAUUUAUUUGUCGUGGUAGUUAUGCCUUAACAGAUAUUGCAUACUCACCAAACGGGUACCUGUUUGCAGUGGGAUUGGCAGAUGGAAGCAUCUGUGGAUGGCGUUUUGGCCUUUCUUCUACUGUAAAUGAUCCACUAUUUAUACAACGGGUACUUCCCUCUGGUGGAGUAAAGUCGGUAUUAUUCUGUGGAAAUCAAAUGUCUUUUCUUCUCGUAGUAGGCUUUGACUAUCCCAAGACAGAGGAUAUGGAAGAGGAUGAGGAUGAGGGGGGUAUACACAGUACAACAGGAAAAAGAGGAAAAGGAAAGGGAUUCACUGGAGGUAGUUCCUCUUCUCAGUCCAAACGUUCAGGAUAUGCAGACCGUUCUCUUGUUGGGGUUAUUCUUCUUAUUGAUCUUGUACUCCAAAAAGAAGUGGUAAUGCGUCGUGAGAUUCCUUUCGUGCCUGAGUAUGCGGUAUAUCUUUCUAGUAUUGACAGUGUUCUCUGUGUUUCCAUAGAUGGACGAAGUGCACUGUAUGAUGUGUGGAACUCUAAUGUAUACAUUCUCACACCCAAUACCCCAACAACACCACGAGUGGCAAUUUCUUGUUUAGCUGUGAGUCGCUAUGAUGAUCUCGUGGCAUUUGGGACAGGUGAUGGACAUGCACUGAUGCUGCAAUUCCGUACGAUUCGAGAAGCAAAGGCCGCUUGUGUGGAAACAGAUGAUAUUCAUGUAAUAGAUACCGUAACGCCAACACCCACAGCAAUAACGACAAACGCAACCACUACAAAUACAACCUUUAUUUUGGAGGAAAAUAUAUUAUUUAAAGCGAGUCGACUGCAACUAGCGCCUGUACUCACAUCACACUCUGGUGUGCGUUGUAUGGUGUUUACACCGUCUGUGCUGCUGGCUGGUCUCGCAGAUGGAAAAUUAGUUGCGGCCACACUUGUGUCUAACGCCCUUCGCCAAGGCAGCACUUCACCACUUUUACCACGUUAG